CUAUCCGGCCGGAAGCGAAAUGACGGUUCGUUUUCCGGGAUAAUGAGAGACGUGAUGUUCUCCUGCUCUAAGUUAAAUACACGUUUUCAUCAAUAGAGUUUUGAAUGGAAUAUAAAACGUGUGUGUUAACGACAUGGAGGCAGUUUGUUCUGAUAUAUUUCAUCGGAGUGAAGGCAGCGGAGCCGUCCGGUGACGGAGGCGGCUGGUCAUUAGACUCAGAUUAUAGAUUACAGGAUGAAGGUCUCUGUAACAUCGAUGUGUUGGACAGAUCCUCGCUCUCACAUCAACAGUUCAUUGAAAGGUAUGCAUACAGCAGACCGGUGAUCCUCAGAGGUCUGACUGAUAACACGAGAUUCCGGUCGUUGUGCUCGAGGUCCAGUUUAUUAGAAGAAUAUGGAGAGCUGAGAGUUCGGCUCAGCACAGCCAACACUUACUCCUACAGGAAAGUGGACGUCCCUCUGCAGGAGUACGUGGACGUUUUGCUGAGGCCUCAGUCUGCAGACGUCCUCGGCAGCGAAACUCUGUAUUUCUUCGGAGACAAUAACUUCACUGAGUGGCAGCGUUUGUUCGAUCAGUACAAGUCUCCGCCGUACGUCCUGCCUCGGACCAGCGGAGCGUACAGCUUCGGGAUCGCAGGUCCUGGAACCGGAGUCCCGUUUCACUGGCACGGUCCGGGAUUCUCUGAGGUCAUCUACGGGAGAAAGCGGUGGUUCCUCUACCCGCCGGACAAGGGGCCUCACUUCCACCCGAACCGCACCACCCUGUCCUGGGUGACGGAGAUCUACCCUCAGCUACCGGAGGAAGAGGCUCCGCUGGAGUGCACCAUCUCACCUGGAGAGGUGCUGUAUUUCCCCGACCGCUGGUGGCACGCCACCCUCAACCUGGACACCAGCGUCUUCAUCUCCACCUUCCUCGGCUGAGCUUCUUCAUCAGCUCGCCACUGUUUUUGAUUUUAUAUCAUAGUGCAGAUCAGAGGAAGGAGAAACUCUCUCACUAAAAGUCUCUAUUUGAUUUUUAGUCUACAUCACCACAGUUACAUUCCAGCUUCACAAAGCAAAGAUUCCAUUUUUAAACCACGUUUUCUAAUUAUAAAACAAUAAAAAUGUGUAUUUAAUGAACAAAGGAGUAAAAGAGACAUUUGGUCCAGUCUUUGGAGGAAUAAAAAUGUCUGCUGUUAAAAUGUU